CCGGGACGCCGCCGCCGCCGCCGCCCCCAGCCCCUCAGGCGGCGCCGCCGGUCCCUGGUGGCUCGCCGCGGCGGGUCAUCGUGCAGGCUUCUACCGGCGAGCUGCUGCGCUGCCUGGGCGACUUCGUGUGCCGGCGCUGCUACCGUCUCAAGGAGCUGAGCCCAGGCGAGCUGGUGGGCUGGUUCCGCGGAGUGGACCGCUCGCUGCUGCUGCAGGGCUGGCAAGACCAGGCCUUCAUUACGCCCGCCAACCUGGUGUUCGUGUACCUGCUGUGCCGCGAGUCGCUGCGCGGGGACGAGCUGGCGUCGGCCGCCGAGCUGCAGGCCGCCUUCCUCACCUGCCUCUACCUCGCCUACUCCUACAUGGGCAACGAGAUCUCCUACCCGCUCAAGCCCUUCCUCGUGGAGCCCGACAAGGAGCGCUUCUGGCAACGCUGCCUGCGCCUCAUCCAGCGGCUCAGCCCGCAGAUGCUGAGGCUCAAUGCCGACCCCCACUUCUUCACGCAGGUCUUCCAAGACCUCAAGAACGAGGGCGAGGCCUCCGCCAGCGCCGGGGGUCCACCCAACGGGGGCGCGCCCGCGGCUCCCUCCACCUCCUCCUCCUCCUCGGCCGCCAGGGACAGCUGCGCGACUGGAGCCAAGCACUGGACUAUGAACCUGGACCGCUAGGGAUAACCCAGGGCCGCUCCCGCCCCCCGCCCCAGCCCCUAACACACACUCGGAGCCCCCAGGACCAUCAAGCCGCCGCCGCUGCUACCGCCGCUCCGCGCCGUGGCCGGAGGAGGAGCCGCCCCUGCCCCGCAGGGGAAGGUGGAGGCCAGGAUGCCAGAGGCCUCGGCGUUUGGAUUUGCUGGGCGCAGGGUGGGGGUGGGGGAUGAGCGCGGGAGAGGAACCCCCAACCUCACCCUUUCUAUCUGCGCCCUCAUCUCUCCAAUUCUGCCCGAGUCUUCCCUUUCCCUUCUCUGUGUAAGUCCGUCUCCCUCGGACUUGUCCAUUUCUUCAUCUUCUUCCUGUAUCUUCACCUUCCCUCCUUCCUUCAUCUUUUGCCUUCCCACCUUCCUCCUCGCAGUUCCACUUUCCAUUCCUUGGGUGUGUGUUUCCGUCUCCAUCUUAUCCACUAUCUGAGUCGCUCUCAUUGCCCCGUUUCUCUUUCUCAGCCCUGUCCCCAUUUCCCCUUCUCUUUUUCUCGCUCCUGGCAUGUGUCACCAUCUUCCCCCUCCCGUCUGCCUUACCCCCUCUCCGCCUGUGUUAGCUUGCAUUUCUCCCUCCGACUGCGACCCCGUAUUCUCCUCCCCAGACCAAAGGGAACAUGAGUUCUUGAUUGGGAUCGGCUGAGGUACAGCAGAAACUGCAACCCUGGGAGCCCAAACAACCACCAGGAUGGUCCUUCGCCCCAUUCCAACCACCUCUCCCCACCUUUUCCAAUGUGUUGCAUGCCGGGAGUUGGGGGGAGGGGGAUGCCACCUUCAGGAGGCUGAGGUUUGGGAGCAAAAAUCAACCUAGGAGGUCACCCCGGCGGUGGCGGCGGCGCCUCAGCAGAAGGGUGGGAGGAGACAGAAUACUCUUCUUACUCUGAGGGAGGAGCACCCCUCUUCCUUGCCCUUAGAUGUUUUUGUCCCUCCCACCCACCCCCACUUUUAAUUUAUUUGGUUGUUUCCGGAGGGAGGGGGGAGGGGUGGGGUGGGCCCGGAACUGUCUGAGGUGCUGAUCUGAGGCCGGACCAGAAUUCUCCUGGGAGGGUACCAGGGACUGGGUUGGGCCUGGUGCCGUGUCCAAGGUGCCAAUGAUGCGGGCCGACGGUGCGGGCCGCAUUGUCUGUCUGUCCGUCUGUCCGGGAGAGAACUAUAAAGCGCUGGAAGCGCCUGCAGAUGUU